GAAGGAACUAUUUAUUCGCGAUGUAUUUUUUGUGGGAUCAAAUAGAUCCCGAUCUGAUCUCUGCAGGUAGAACCCCAUUUGUCCCUAGGGACCGAACUAUGAUCACAAGAGAAAUCCAUGUCCAACCAGAAUGGACUCUGUGCGGAAUAAGAUUAUUUUAGAUCAUUUCCCUUUCAGCCCGCGGUUCCCUCUGGAAAUGUCCCUGGUGGGCUCCACAGAUCAAUAGAAUAAUAAUAGUUCAUUCUCGGCAGCCAUUGCUUGUGGCCAAUAUCCAUUGUAUGUAUUGUGAAAUCAAUACAAAUAGAUACAUGGGGGGGGAAUCAUUUUAACCUCAUGCAUGAACCAAUAUUUAUCUUCAAAAUAAGGCGACAGCGCAAAUAAUAAGUGAUAAUAAAUGUCUGGCCGCUUCUAUUUCUACAAAGUGCGCAUUAAAUUCAGUCUGACUAUUUACUAUUGUUCGAGGUUUUUUUUUUUGCUGUUAAAAAGAAUCCCUUUGCCAGCACAAAUGUUGCCUUUUAUUGAGCAUUAAGUGGCAAUUGAACGUGUAAAAGAAAUGAAUAUAAUUCACCUGCAGGUUUAAUUGCAGCCGCUUUGCAGAAGAGCCGCUGACUCGCUUUAAUUUGCAGCAUUUUCAUUCAAAUGACGAUCGGAACAAACAGGCGAGCUGCUCGCACUAGGCGCUAAUUAGCUCUCGAGGAUCCUAUUAAAGCUCUUCACUUGCCGGCCUCCUGUCUAGCUGUUCGUUUAGUCCUGUGCCCAUUCAGUUCUUGGACUUAAAGAAGACUCCGGCCACUGACAGUCGUGAGAUCUACAGCACAAAUACAUUAAACACGUUUCUACAAGCACACAGGAUUGAGCCAAUAGGAGAAGGGAUCACUGGACCCAAUUGCACCCCUGUUUGAAAGCCGUUGGCUUUUUAUGUCGCCCGGCUGCGGCUGUGGAAGGAUUACAUAAAUAGCGCGCAAUGAUCUACCGCACGGCUGCAAGUGGCCCCGAGUUAUGGCAGAGGCCGGGGAUGGGGGAAAGUGUUGCGACUCUGAGCUCAGACAACUCUUUGCUCUCUCUCCUUCAGUUCGCGCCCCUUAUGUCCGAGGAGUGUGCGGGAGCUGCGCUGCUAAUGGGAAGAAGUCGCAAAAGCGAAGGGACUCCGGUGCAGGAAAGUCCUGGAGCUGCAAUGGAUGAGGAUUCAUGUUCAUCAGCUCCUCUGUCUCCUGUAUCCUCCUCUUCUCCUCAUUCCAUACCAACAGCUGGUCUCAACCAGGGCAAGAGUGUGUGCAGCAACUGUGGCAUGGAAAUAGUAGAUAAAUACCUGCUUAAGGUAAAUGAUCUGUGCUGGCAUGUCCGCUGCCUGUCCUGUAGUGUAUGCAGAACCUCCCUUGGAAGACACACUAGCUGCUACAUCAAAGAUAAAGACAUAUUCUGCAAACUGGAUUAUUUUAGACGUUACGGAACACGGUGUUCGCGGUGUGGCCGGCACAUCCAUGCCACUGACUGGGUGCGACGAGCAAAAGGCAACGUCUAUCACUUAGCUUGUUUUGCAUGUUACUCAUGUAAGCGGCAGCUCUCCACAGGAGAAGAGUUUGCUUUGGUAGAAGAAAAAGUCCUUUGCAGAGUUCAUUAUGACUGCAUGUUGGACAACUUGAAAAGAGCAGUGGAGAAUGGAAACAGGGUUAGUAUGGAGGGUGCUUUAUUAACAGAGCAGGAUAUAAAUCAACCAAAGCCAGCGAAAAGGGCUCGUACCAGUUUCACAGCAGACCAGCUCCAGGUUAUGCAGGCACAGUUUGCGCAGGACAACAAUCCCGACGCACAAACGCUACAAAAGCUAUCUGAAAGGACGGGCCUAAGCAGACGUGUAAUACAGGUUUGGUUUCAAAACUGUAGAGCACGCCAUAAGAAACACGUUAGUCCAAAUCAUUCAUCAACCACUCCAGUUACCUCCAUGCAGCCAUCAAGACUGUCUCCACCAAUGUUAGAAGAAAUGACCUAUUCUGCAUAUGUUCCUCAGGAUGGACCAAUCCUAACAGCUUUACAUAGUUACAUGGGCGCUCAUUCUCCGACUGCUUAUGGUCUCCAGUCAUUGUUACCCCACUCCAUGACACACCUACCAAUAAGUCACGCUUAAAAGUUUUUUUUGUUUUUUUCUUUCAAGAAUGUAUAUUGGGUAUUACAUUGAGUCCCUUUAUUGUGUAUAAAAUUAUAAUUGAAACAUAAUGUUUUCUUAUAUGACUCCUUCAUUGCUGAAGGAAAUGAUGCGUGACUUUUUGCAUCUCUCAGCUGUGAACGAGACCGUAUACACAUGAAUUUAAGGACUUUGUUGCUGCCCUUGUGAGUAUCGACUGGGUUAUACUAAAGCGCCACUAAAAUUCCUUGAGUUUAUAUAUUUUUUUUUUUUUUGUGAUGUCUGGAACUAGUCCAACUUAGCUGUGUGUUUGUUAAUUUAUUUGUCAUCAUCAGAGCACUUUGCCAAAAAAAGGUCUGAAAAGUGUACAAAAAUGUUUACAAUUUUUGUUUGUGAAAUUGUAGUUUUGUCAUUUGGUUGUAUCUGUAAAUUAUUACGAAGGUGCAUAUGUAUUUUGACUUACUUUCUUUUUCCAUAUCCGCAAACUAGCAAAUUCAGUUCAAUAUUUUCCCUCUUUUGGAAGUGACUGAAUAAAGCUUUGAUUACA